CAGAUAAUUAUUGUUAAUUAAUCAAAAGAAACACAAUCUUUUAUACUGGUUCACUGCGAAGUAAAUUUCAUUAUACAUACGUACACAAUAUUUAAACGUAAACAAUAUUCAAAGUUUAUUUGCGGAUACGUCCGGAGAAUAAGACAUAUAACAUUGUACAUAAAAUACAGACCGGUAAAGUUCGUAUUAGCAGAAUCAAAACAAUCAUUCCCGCUAUAACGUCCUAGUCAAAUUAUUGUCACAAGUGUCCUUUAACAAUACGUAUCUGUGCGAAUUCUUGAUUCAGAGAAGCAAAAUCGAAACACAUUUAGAUAAAAUCUACAAGUAAAAGAGGUGAAAAGGAAGAUCAAGAGAUAUAUACUAAGGAAAAAAUAAACGGUUACGUACAAAUAAAAUACAGAUUAAGGAGAACCCUGCCGAAAAGGUGCUAUCAAAAUAAUAAUACAUGGAAUUAUCACACGAAAUAACAAUAAUCUGUGUAAUAUUUCGUAAUUUUGGAAAUUGACAUUAAAUUUUGCAGUAAAGUUUGUAUAAAAAUCAGAAGAAAGCUGAUCAAAGAAAGAACUAAAUAUAUCUGACAUUGUCGUGUCUAUGUGUGUGUCUGAAUUUAUACAUACACACGCAAAAAGGAGAAUAUUGGGUACAUCUACUGAUUUGAAAGUGCACUUGUUUAAUCACUAUUACAAUACAUUUGUACAUUGCGCACAAACAUUCGGCUCUUAUAGCCCGUUUAUUUCUAAAUUAAGGAAUCAGAUUAAGCACGAUUAAACAACCGAAUCUCUUACAUAUAUUGGAAACAAUCAAUUUUAACACAUAAAUACAUUUCUCAAAAUGCGUUCGUCGGAUGAAUUAGAAAGUGACCAGCAGAAUAAUGAAAAUACAGAAGACGAAUGUGCCGAUUUUUAUACUCAGACGGAAAAAUCAAACAAUAACAAGCAGAAAGACGAUGAAACGGAGGACGAAGCUCCCGAUUCUCCUAUACAGACGAGCACCAGCAAUAAAGGGGAGUACAUUCAGAGGAAACGUAAGCUGAGCGAAUCUAGUGCGAAUCUGGAAGAGAAUGUCGAACAAUCCAGAAUUGUAAGCAGUGAACGUAUAUAUCUACGUAAAGUCAAUGAGGGGGAUUUCGCUUGUCACAUAUGCACUAGAAGAUUUCAAACAAAUGCUAGCCUGAAGAUACAUCUGCGUCGCCAUAUGAACAAUCGGAUGUACCUUUGUGACAAGUGUGAUAAAACAUACACAUCUAACGAAUGUUUGAAAAUACACAUGAGAGAGAUGCAUGGGAACAAUACCAGGUAUCCAUGCGAGAUUUGUAAUAAGACAUUUCGCCGGAAAGAGAGGUUGAAUAGCCACAUGUUGACGCACACGGACUACAAGGCAAUUUGUCCCAAAUGUAACAAGACUUUCAAAUAUAGAUCUACUAUGCUUGCGCAUUACAAGAAUGCACAUUCCACAAAGCCAUAUCUGCGCCAAAAUUUUGAGGUAGAUAUUGAGGUUUCUAGUUAUGGGUCUGCAAAGACCCGGGGGUUUUUGCCAGGAUCAGGUCGAGUCGAGCGUACACUUGAACCUUACUCGACGGGAAUAAGCGGUCCGCAAUCAUAUAUGUUUAAUGAUUCCGUACAGGAGUUCAUGCAAAAAAAAUAUGAUGAAUCCCGCAAGUGUGAACUAUGCGAGAAAUAUUUCAGCACGAAAGGUUCUUUAAAGACACACAUCCGUACUGUGCAUUCCACAGAAAAGCCACAUUCGUGUCAGCAUUGCGGCGCGAGCUUUAGACUAAAAGGAGAACUCGAUAAUCACAAACAAUAUUGCAAAGACUUGCAAACAUCAACAAGUCGAAAAGCACACUUACGCGACUGUGAAGAUAACAAUGGUAAAAGUAAAGGUAAGGGUAAAGACGAUGGAAACUCCGAGAAAAUGUCUUACAAGUGUGAAUGCGGCUGUAGCUUCAAGACUCAAAAUCAGCUCGACAAUCACCGUAGCUCAUCUCCCUACGCUCCUUGCCAUCCAGAUAAUACUGAUUCCGAUUGAAUUUCGUAUAAUUAAAAUAUUUUUCAAUGUCUGAAACUCAAAAAUUAUUGUU